CGCACGUAAAUUACGCAGGAUUUUGCGUAGAGCUGCAGCGGUUGCGAACAUUGUGAACGCAGCCUCAUAAAAUGGCGGAUCGCGGUGAAGAUGUAGAUGCAGAAAGUGAAGAUGAAUUGUAUGAGGUGGUUAACAUCACAGAUUAUGCCAGGAGGCAUCAAUGGUGGAGUCGUGUUUUUGGGAGCAGCACAGGACCCAUUGCAGAAAAGUACUCUGUGGCUUCACAGAUCAUGAUGGGUGGAGUGACAGGAUGGUGUGCUGGUUAUCUCUUUCAGAGAGUUGGAAAAAUUGUGGCUACUGCUGUUGGAGGGGGAUUUCUUUUGUUACAAAUUGCCAACCACAGUGGCUAUGUGCAGGUUGACUGGAGGAAAGUGGAGAAGGAUGUCAAUAAAGCUAAAAAGCAUUUGAAGAAAAGGGCAAACAAAGCAGCCCCUGAGCUUAAUUCCUUUAUAGAAGAGUCUACAGAAUUUGUGAAGAGGAAUAUUGUUAUCUCGGGUGGAUUUGUUGGAGGAUUUCUGCUGGGCCUGGCGUCCUAAAUGAAACCUGGAUCUACUGUAUUGCUACUGAUAUAAGUAUUUUGCACAGUAAUAUUCUCCCUUAUUUAAGUAUCACAGCGGUACAAGUACAACACUGGGACUUGAUGUAU